AUGGGAAAACAUAAACACAGCAAAGAUAAGUUAUAUAUUUUACAGUCAGAAUAUAGAAGGGAUGCCUUAAUAAAGAAGCAGCUGAAAGCGAAAAGUGUAACGUAUUUGCCCUUUAAUUAUUGCUGCCUAAGCUUAAAACCAUUCAGCGAUCCAUAUUGUGACGAAGAUGGACGGUUGUACGACAAAAAAAGUGUUUUAGAGGAAAUGAGCAGAGCGGAAGAAAAGGACAAAAAAAAAUGCACAGUUGAUAUAAAAAAUUUAAUUAAAGCAAAUUUUUACAAACAUAACAAUCAAUAUAUAUGCCCUAUAACAAGAAAAUAUUUUAAUCAACACACAAAAAUUAUUUUAAAUAAGAAAACUGGAAAUGUAUAUUCAUCAGAAAUAUAUAAACUAUUCCAAAAUAAAAAUGAAAUGUUUGACCCAAUUUCUCAUGACAGUAUGAACAAGUCAGAUUUCAUUGUGUUGCAAGACCCAUUGAACAAAAGAAAUGACAUAUUUGAGCUAAAUAAAAAUUUUGUUCAGAAAAAAAAAAAAAAAACACAAUCCAUUCAGGAAAAUGGUACAAUUAUGAAUAUACUGCAAGAGGUGAACAGUGGAAAAGUGAAAAGCCAAAAAGUGCAAAAUGAAGAGACGCAAAGUAAAGAAGCGCUAAUAGAAGGAACACAAAGCAAAAACUUUAAAGGAAAACAGAGUGAAGGGGAAGGGAAACAAACAUACACAAGAAGUAGAACUCACCAUAAAGAUGAGAUCAAGAAUGAAAUGCAGUUAGGGGAAAAAGGAAAAUACUUUUACUCAUCACAUACAGAUAAUAAUAAUAGUGAGGAAGAAAGUAGUGAAAACGAAAUAAAAAUAAAAUGUGUAAAUUAUAGUGAUAACAAAUUAGCACAAAGUGUAACUUCAACUAUAUCUGAUGUAACAUAUAAAAACAGUUUUAUUUAUUUAUCAGAAAGUCAAGUGUAUGAUUUAAUAUAUGAUCAAGUUAAGACAAAUAAAAAAAAUAGCUAUGUAAGAUUAAUAACAGAUAUAGGUAUGAUUAAUGUGGAAUUAUAUGCCUCUUUAUAUCCCAAGUUAUGUCAUAAUUUUUUAUUUUUAUGUGAAUAUAAAUAUUAUAAUAGAACAGAUAUUUUUAAAAAGGACAAAAAAGACGUUAUUGUAUAUUUUGGUUCAAGUAAAAAUAAUUACCAUUCAGCAAUGUCUGGAUUUUAUUGGAGGAAAAAAUUAAAAAAGAAAAAAUUAAGAAAGAAGAUAAAUGAUGAAAAUGUUAUUCAUACAUUUAAAGAAUUGAUAAUGAAUAUAAACAGUGAUAACGAUAGUGAUAGAGCCAUUAAAUAUGUUAAACACCAAGAGAGUAGACAUACCGAAGCAAAAAGUUGUUAUGGGAAUAUAUAUUUCUUUAAGUAUUACAAUCAGAAGUAUUCAAACAUGUUUUACAUUUGCCUGUCCGAAGAGUAUGUAACGAGUGAUGUGUGCUUUGGACGUGUUGUAGGAGGAAAUGAGACGUUAGGAAAAUUAAAAAAUUUGGACCCCACUAUAAGUGGCAGUGUGCAAUACACCCUAAACGAAGCUAUUAUAUACACAAACCCAUUUAAAGAUGCUGUAAAGGAGAUGAAGGAAAAAAUAAAAAAAAAAGAAGAGAAGAAUGAUGCGAAGGAAAAUACAGAAAGUUUCAUAGAUGACGUAAACUUUGUAGAGAAUAAAAAUGACAGUGUAGGAAAAUAUAUAAAAUGGACGGACUUUAAAAAGAGCAAUCAAUCUACGAACAAUGAGCUAAACAAAACCAAAGAACAUGUUUUACAAAAAGAAAUGUUUUCAAAAUCGAAGCAAAGUAAAAUGGACUUUUCAUGUUGGUAA